GAAAUGGAAAUAGAGAAAAAAGAAGCAGAAAAGCACAUGGCUGAAUUGAAAGAGGAAGAGCAAGACAUUAAGGAGAGUAUCAACAAGAUGAGAGACAACCUUGAGCAGAACACGGCUGAAAUACAACAACAGAGACAUGAGAUAGACAGGGCAAUGGGAGAAUUACACAUCAAAAAGAAUGAACUAGAACUAAGCUCUAUAGAGGUCAAUAAACAGAGAGAUGAGAUGUCAAAUGAAAAGAUCCAGGUGGAGCAAGACAAACAAAAUAUUCGAGGUAAAAAGGUUGAACUGGAACGGAUCAAGACUGAGUUACAAGAAAAGUCAGAGAAUCUAGAUCAACUCAUGGACAUGACAAAACGAGAAAAGGACGGCCUUGAAGAGAUUUCUGGCCAGAUUCAGAAGGAAAAAGAGGAUAUUACAAAACAAAUGGAAGAUGUCAAGAAUAGAAUACUGGAUCUGGAGGCAAUGAAAGCUGAAGUUGAGUCAGAGAAACAAGGAAUUGAAGACAUCAAGAAGAUGCUGUCAGAUGAAAGAGAUGACCUGAAACAGAUGAAGAUUGAGUUGGAAAGCCAACACCUACACAUUGACAACACCAAGGGUAGGAUUAAUAUGGCAAUGGAUAAGUUGGAAGAGAGGAAGACUGAAAUGGAAAAAGAGAAAAAAGAAGCAGAAAAGCACAGGGCUGAAUUGAAAGAGGAAGAGCAAGACAUUAAGGAGAGUAUCAACAAGAUGAGAGACAACCUUGAGCAGAACACGGCUGAAAUACAACAACAGAGACAUGAGGUAGACAGGGCAAUGGGAGAAUUACACAUCAAAAAGAAUGAACUGGAACUAAGCUCUAUAGAGGUGAAUAAACAGAGAGAUGAGAUGUCAAAGGAAAAGAUCCAGGUGGAGCAAGACAAACAAAAUAUUCAAGGUGAAAAGGUUGAACUGGAACGGAUCAAGACUGAGUUACAAGAAAGGUCAGAGAAUCUAGAUCAACACAUGGACAUGACAAAACGAGAAAAGGAGGGCCUUGAAGAGAUUUCUGGCCAGAUUCAGAAGGAAAGAGAGGAUAUUAGGUAG